UGUUAGGAUACUUUUUUGAUUGUACCUGAGCGAACGAAGUUUAAAAAAAAAGACCAGGGCGUAAUAUUAAUUUUGAGUUAAGUACGGGUCGAUCGAGCUAAUUCGUUUUUACAUCACGCGUAUGAGCGACAACCUGAUUUUCUUUGAUGCACUUUUAUUGUGAAGGCAAAGACGGUCAGUAUCCGGUGUCUCCCGUGUUAAAUGUUCAGCUUGACUCGGAUCGAGCAGCCUCAAAGCUAGCUGCAAAGCACCGUUUUCUGUCACAGUUUCAGCCUUAAACUUUGCUCUGGGCUUUAUAGUGGUUCUAAGUCAUACAGUUGGUUAAUAUUCUUAAGUUACAAAUAAGGUCUGUCGCGUAUUUCUGUCCAACUUAAUGAACUUGUUUCACAGUCUGGCUGUGGGAGAGAUUGAGGGCGGUCUCCUCGUCCAAGACUGUCGACAGAAAUGAAGAGCCAACAGAAAAGCCCUGAACCAGAUGGGAGUGUAACAGUCAACGAGGAAGGGUCAGUGGCCACAGCAGAGGACCCGGCAGCUAUUGCCACCAUUCAGUCUGCUGCUACCUUUACCGACCAACCCAUCAAAUAUCUCUUCAAGACAGAAGGAGCAGGCGGCCAGGUGACCUACAGAGUGAUCCAGGUGUCAGACGGCCAGCUGGAGGGUCAGACAGAUGGAUCGGCAGCAGUCAGCCUGGUUACUGGUUUCCCUGCAAAUACACAGACGGUCACACAGGCCGUGUUUUCCCAGUCUGAUGGGUUGGAGGGAGACAGCAGCGCAGAGACACAGUACGCCUACUAUCCCGCCACCAUCGCAGACGCCACCACUGGCACCAUGGUGACCACAGUGCAGGCCUCUGAUACGUUGCUGGGCCAGACCACACCCACAGGGCAGCUGUAUGUGAUGAUGUCACCACAGGAAGUUUUGACGGGUUCCAAUCAAAGGACAAUCGCACCUCGCACUCAGCCAUACAUUGCAAAGCAAGAGGCUCCUCGGGGUUCAAGAGAUGAGAAACGGCGUGCCCAGCACAAUGAAGUGGAGCGCAGGCGCAGGGACAAGAUCAACAACUGGAUUGUGCAGCUGUCGAAAGCCAUCCCAGACUGUAACAUUGACUACACCAAAACAGGACAGGCUCUUUUGUCUCAGAGCAAAGGAGGAAUCUUGUCAAAAGCCUGUGAGUACAUCAAGGAACUCCGACAGAGCAACCUGAAGUUGGGGGAAGAUAUCAGCACUCUUGAUCGUCUCAGGAUUGACAACCAGCUUCUCAGACAGGAGGUGGAAGACUGGAAGUCCAAGAAUCAGAUCCUUAGGAACCUGCUGCGACAGCAUGGCAUUGUGGGAUCAUCCAGCACAGACCCCCAGUGAGAAGCCUGUCACCUGCGUGUAUUUGAAGAAAACCACAUAUGGGCCAAAAGAGUACUUGAAACUUUUCGAGACACUUUGUUUGUGAUCAAGUGUGCAUCAAACCGGGGAAAAUUGUGUCCACGAUUGAAUAAUCAAAUCCAGCUUUUUACUUAUAAAUUGUUUGCCUGUGGAAUAAAACACACUUUUUAAUAUCAUGAUGAUAACAGAGGAACUUAUUAAACAUCACAUUUCAGUGGUCAAGCAAAUGCAUUCCUCCCUAUUUUAAGAUUGUUUGUUAACCUCCAGUUCAGAAAGCUUUAGAAAAUGACCAACUUGUUUUUCUUAACCCCUUCAGUACUGUGCUUUUCUUUAUCAGACGCACAUAUGAAGAAGAAAGAAAUAUUGUAUUCCUGCUUUGACUUGUUUUCAUCUAUUGUCAGUAUCAUUUUCAUAAUAUGAUACCAUAGACUGCAUGAAAACCUAUAUUUAUAUGUAGUCAAUGGUUGAUACCAAGUUUUUCAUCCAGUUCAUAUUUGCGCUCUUUUGCUUUGUAUUUUGUUCGUUUCAUGAAACCUGACUUGGGACGAUAAUUGCAUUGCAACAAUGUAACUAACUAAUUGACAGGUGUUGGUAAGCAUUGCAUCUUAGGUAGGCUAUGUAUGUCUUUAUAAUAAAUACAUUAAAAAACGUAAUUCAUAUACAAAA